AUGAUUGUCACCGCCCGUCCACCUCCUGCCUGCUAUCCUUUUCGCAAGGAGUCACGUUGGAGGGUCCCGUUCAGGCGACCGCACAAAUCCGUUGGUGACUCCUGCGCCCACGACGCCAACAAGCGCAGAGCGCUCUCUCUGGAAGCGGGCGCAAGGCAGGCCUCCGCCGACCAACGCGUUCUACAGCCCCGGCGUCAGGAGUCUGAACAGUCUGAGUCGCUUGAGGGCCAGCUCCUUCUCAACGAAAUUUGGCGGGUAAUGAGCGAGCGUACUACUCGGUCUGUCGUCCGGGACAAAACUAUGCAAUGGUAA